AUGACUAGGAAAAGACCAUUGAUUACCGACUACUUCUCAAAAGUUGGGGCAUCUCCCAAGAAGGUGAAAGGGUUUGAUGAUACAGUCCAAAGUGAAGAAAUACCGAAAACGACAGUUCAAACCAAAACAUUACCUUCCACUACCAAUGAAAUCCCCUCGUUUGAUAAAGAGGAAUGGAUAAACAGUCUAAGUCCAGAACAGAAAGAGCUACUCCAAUUAGAAAUUGAUACACUACACAUUUCAUGGUUGUCUAUGCUAUACAAAGAACUAACCAAGCCCUAUUUCCUAAACUUGAAAAAGUUUCUUUUAUCCCAACAGAAAUCAAAGACGAUUUUUCCCAAACCUCAAGAUAUCUACUCCUGGUCCAAUUUAACCCCAUUACCCAAUGUGAAAUGUCUCAUACUAGGCCAAGACCCAUACCACAACCACAACCAAGCGCAUGGGUUGGCGUUUUCAGUGUUGGAACCUACACGACCACCGCCGUCGUUGGUCAACAUCUACAAGACCUUGACCAUAGACUUCCCCGAUACUUUCAAAAUACCCGACUACCAGCAGUUGUUGAAACAGGGUAAACCCGGUGGUGGCAACCUAAGUAAAUGGGCCACCGACGGUGGGGUAUUGAUGCUCAAUGCAGUUUUGACUGUUGAAGCUCACAAGGCCAAUAGUCAUGCCAAUAAAGGAUGGGAACAGUUUACUGAACAAGUGAUUAGAGUAGCGUUGGAGUAUCAUGAGAAGCAUAACAGUGGGUUUGUAAUAAUGGCAUGGGGAUCACCAGCGCAAAAGAGAUUGAAACCGUUUGAAAAGAUAUUGAGUAGCGGCAAGAGUGAUAGUAGCCAAGAAGGUUAUGAUGAAGAGGGCAAGUUUUUGGUGUUGAGGACUGUGCACCCAUCUCCCUUAUCUGCCCAUAGAGGUUUUUUCAAUCUGCAAGUGUUUAAGAAGUGCAACGAUUGGUUAGAGAAGCAUGGUAGAGAUGUGAUUGACUGGAGUGUAAGAUGA